AUUUUCUUUUCAGGCAUAUUAGCCAUGAAGCGUGGAGCUGACGGUGACAUGGAGUCCCCGCAAAAAAGAUCACGUAGAGGCGAUGAGGAAGUUCGUUUACUUAUUCCCAAUACGGUUGCCGGUUCAAUAAUUGGCAAGGGAGGCGCCAACAUCACUAAGCUGAGAAGCCAGUACAAAGCAUCCAUUACUCUCCCUGAUUACCCAGGCCCCGAACGGAUUUUAACGCUAUCUUCAGACUUGGACUCCGUCUGCAACAUCGUCCAAGACGUAGUACCCAAAUUGGAAGCGCAUUGCGCAACUGCCAACGGAAAUGAACUCGAUUUACGAAUGAUGAUUCAUCAGAGCCAGGCGGGAUGCGUUAUUGGCAAAGGCGGAUCACAAAUCAAAGAAAUCCGAGAGAAAACUGGUGCCCGCGUAAAGAUUUACCCAAAUGUUGCCCCCCAAAGUACCGACAGAGUAAUUCAAAUCAUUGGGGAGCCCGCAAAAUGCAUCGAUACAAUCAGGGAAAUUUUAACGCUAAUCAAGGAGAGUCCCAUCAGAGGAGCAGUUAACCCGUAUGAUCCCCGACGAUUUAACUACGAAGAAGUAGACCCCGAACAAUAUGGUGGAUGGGGAGGUAACAACCAAGGCGGAGGUUUCGGCAAUAACCGCAGAGGAAACGACGGACCCAGAGGUGGCGGCAACAGAGAUGGUGGCCGAUUCGGUGGCAACAGAGGAGGAGGAGGCGGUGGUGGUCGUGACGCAUUCGGAGGCGGCAGUUUGGGUAACCGCGACAGCUUGGGAGGCGGACGAUUCGUUGGAAGAGACAGUGGUUUUGGAGGUGGAAGAGACAGUGGCUUUGGAGGAUCUGCCUUUGGCUCAAGAGGAGGUAAUUUUUAUUCAUGUUUUAGGUUCUGGCGGAGGAGCCUUCGACCGUAACGGUUGGAGCGGUGGUGGCCAGUUCAGCCCGCCAGCUGGUCUCAAUACUUCUCCCAGUCCAUUUGGUAGCGGAGGUGCUUCUACCGGUAAAAAUAGCACCCAAGUUACCAUUCCUAAAGAGCUCGCUGGUGCUAUAAUCGGUAAAGGCGGUGUCAGAAUCAGGAAUAUCCGCAUGGAGUCCGGUGCCAAUAUUACUAUUGAUGAACCUCUUCCAGGUUCCAAUGAUCGCAUUAUCACCAUCAGUGGAAUGCCCAACCAGAUACAGAUGGCACAGUAUCUGCUCCAACAAAGGUAACUAACAAUAUCUGUUUAAUUGAAAAAAUUA